ACCUAUCCAUUUACCUAUCCAUUUAAAGCGUAUGCCCCUUCUGCAUCUAUCCGCCAGCCCAUGUGCAGACGCUUAACCAGUCUGCACAUGCCCUUAAGUCAAGCGCGUGGGAAAGGUGGAGUUGAAGUUCGUCGGCUUCAAAUGGAUGCAGAAGGGGCAGACGCUGCCGAACCGCAAUGGCAACUUCGUCAUGAAGUGCAAGCUGUGUGACCAGGAAUUCGUCGACAGUCAGAGUGAGUGUGUGUUGCACUUCACAAUCAAGAACAACUGCCCUCAAGCGACGUUGGACAUUUUGGCCGAGAUCUGGAACAAGAGUUCCCACCACUUCGAUCAGAGCCAUUGGAAGAAGAUACAGACUUACCUUGCGGAGAGGGGGUGGGCGGAUAAGAGAGGACAGCUUGGUCGACAAGGGGGAGAGGAGGACGAAGACGAUCCAAAGCGAGUGGCAAACGACGAUGCAGAAGAGUCUGUCGGGGCAUGUGAAGUGUCUGAGGGGGGAGGUGUGGAUGUCGGUCGUGGGGUGGACGACGACAGGUCUGCAGACGUUCCAAUUAACGUUGAGAGAGAGGCGGAGUGUGACCGCGGAGCAUUGAGGGCGGAGAAGAGAGCGGUCCCUGACAUUGUUACCGAGGAGUACAACAUGUUCAGGCGGCACAUCGCGACAUGUCCCCCUCGGGUGCAUCUGUCCCUGCCAAACCUUCACCGCAUCUCUGGCGAUGGUAUUGUCGAGCAGCAUAAGGGCGUUGCUGAGAUGUUGACAGCAAUGAGGAGAGAUGUUGCAGCGACAGGAGCGACCAUCCUCACGGAUGGUCGCAAAUCCAUCACCACUGACCAGAUAGUCAAUUUUCUGGCAGACGGAUCGUCAAGGGCAUACCUUUUGAGGACAGUCCUGAGGGACAGGGUUGAGCAGGACAAGGCGGAAGUUGUUGUGCGGAGGUGGAAGAUGAUAUUCGACGACUUUGGCGUUGGGAAUGUCAAUGUCAUUUGUACGGAUUCCGCGGGGACGAGCAUUGCUUACUUUGAGGGGGUGCGGAGGACGAAUCAGCGGAGGGAGUUGACGGAGGAGUCUUACAUUUACCUGAGACAGCAGGCGGGAUCCGACAGGCAGCUCUAUCAGGAUUUGCGGACAGCUUUGAGGGAGUUCCACAGCAGCGAGGGCGAUUAUACGUAUGGAGAUCGCGACGGGGACAGAGAUGCAAAGGCUUGUAGGGGAGAGAAAGAGACAUCGGCGGUUGGUCAGUGCUCAGGGAUGGAGAGUAUGCCUGGAGUGAGCUUGCGGCGCACAGGGGAUGAUAUUGAGUGUCCACCUAUUGAGGAGAUGGAUGUGAAGACCGAUGUAGAGAGGAGGAACCGAGAGGAGAGACAGCGAGAGCUGGCGCUUGCUCAGUGUUGCCCUACGACCUUGGACGCUGCGCGUGCACUUGAGACGGGCGUUGCAUCGGUCGACACGCUUGAUCGUCGUGACAUAUGUGGAACGGGGGAGCAGUCCUAUAAUGUCGAGGAGGGGGGCGGCCCCCAAUGCGCGCACGGUGAUGGUGGAAUUUAUAGACAGGGAUUAGACCCCAUACGAGGCGAGGACGAUGAUGAGGAGGGAGGUGGUGAUGGGCCUGUCGGUGGAGGGGCUGCACCUUAUGGAGGAACGGAUGCAGUUGCUCAGCGUGAUGUUUGCGAGGAGGAGGCACAAACCACCGGUGGAGGGCACGAGGCGGAUGCAGGAGGUGGAAGGGCGCCUGCUGCACAUGUGCUCAGGUGUGCAGAUGAGGGACAUCGUGAGCCGUCGACCGUUUUAAUAGUCUCUGACCGCCCUGACGCAGGUGUACAGGGAGUAUAUGUGUUGCCUUCGGGUGGCGACAUGCCCGCUGCAGUAUUGGAGUUUGAUGGGAGGGAGGAUCUCUUGGUGGAAGAUCAACGAGGCCAGAUGGAGGACGAUAGUAGGAGAGUGUUGGCAGACCCCCCACUGUAUGUGCCAUGUAGCCCAUCUGUGUCGUUUUCCAUGACAGGCGUGACCCCCCUUGGUUGGGAUCCUGCGGUGCAGAUGGAGAGCAUUAGGGCCACAUGCGCGACCAACACGAGGUCAUGGGAUAGUGCAUCAGGACCGGGGACAGGGACAGGAGUGGGAGAGAGUAGAGGUUUAGAUAGUCUUUCUCCGCAGUCGCGGAUGAAGACACGGCCUCAUGGGUUAGGUUCGGUGAGGAAGGUCACUUAGGCGAUGGGAGACAUGCAACCAGGAUUAACUGUCAUUCUUGCAUUGUAGAGACCUCCACCGUUAUCG